AUGGCACAGUUAGAGCGAGAACCUUUACUGGCAAGAUCGGACAGAAUGCUUAACUCAGGCAAAAAUUCGUCGAGUUCUGAGAUUUCACCAGGUCGUAAUGAGAACUCGGGGAGCGCCAAAGGCGCCAAAGUCGGCGCUCAGAGGACAUCCAGGACUGCUCAAAAGCUUAAGCUUCUGCCAGAGGAGCCCUUCAACAGUCCCGAAGAUGAAUAUUUAGGCGCCACUGACAGAGAUGUGUAUUCUCAGGUCAACAGAAUCACAGACACACCUGCUCGGCGAGAUGCAGAAAAACUGGGAAAGGGCCAGCGACAUUUACUUCCAAGAGUAAGCGGAUACUGUACUGCGAGCUCCUACAACAUGAGAGAGAUAAUACGAUGGCUCAAAGACUGUAAAAAGCUACACCACACGCAUCCUAAGCUUUUCGAUGAGUGUCUGUUUACACCCUUCAUUUACACAGACUGGAGAGGAGAUAAAAGGUUUGCCGACGAAGAUGUUAUACGAUUGGACGACCAGGGGGGAGAAAUAAAUGUUAGCGACAAGCAGCCGGAUCUGUUUAUUUUCGAGUAUGGAGUCAUUGUAAUGUGGGGGUUUACAGAGCGAGAAGAAAAGGCCUUCUUGAACGAUAUUGAGAAAUUUGAGAAGGAGAAACUUGCCGAAGAAGAUGUUCAAAUUGAAGAGUUCAACUAUUACAUUACACAAAGCUACCAGCCCAGAAUUUACAAUGACUUUAUUACGUUGAGAGACGGAUCAAACUACAUGAUCAAACUUUCCAUCUCGCACGCCAUCGCACAGAGUGUCAAAAUCUCACUAUUCGAGGAACUGGUGGACAAUACAAUUGAAGAUACUCAAGACAUCCCUCAACAAAUAGCAUCCAGCGGUAAAGUAUCGAUGAGCAAAGAGGAUAUCAUGAAAAGCAUUGGGGAGCUGUUUAUUCUGCGAAUCAACAUCAACCUGCAUGGAUCAGUUCUAGACUCACCGGAAAUUAUGUGGUCGGAGCCCCAACUGGAACCUAUUUACCAUGCCACCAGAGGGUAUUUGGAAAUCAAUCAGAGAGUUGCCCUCUUAAACCAAAGGCUUGAAGUCAUAUCAGAUCUGCUGCAAAUGCUCAAAGAGCAACUUGGACACUCCCAUGAGGAAUACUUGGAAUUUAUCAUUAUCGUCUUGGUCGGAGUCGAAGUUUUGGUAUCUCUUGUGAACAUUAUUGUGGACCUUCUGUCCGACGCCAAAUAG